AUGGGCAGUGAUGUCACAUCCUAUGCUGGGACGGCGUAUGUACCUCGUGGGUAUGUGCUCAAAGAAAACUCAAUAAAAAACUGCGGAAAAUUGGAGGCUCGCCAAGGCACCUGCAACCUAUUACCCUACAGAUCUGAUGCUCGUUGCGUCAGCGGAGUCCCUUCACCUGCUGGUUACUUGAGCCUGGAACGUACGCACGUACGUAGUGUAAAGAAUCGGUCUCUUUCCAAGCCUAAUCUUCAGGCAUCCGUAAAAUCUUUGGAAGAUGUAGAGCAUGCAGAACAAUUCAACAUAGCGGCGAAACCUACCGCCUCUUAUUUUGCUUUCUCUAGGCAACGUAUGUACACUGCUCUGGCUUGGAACAGCAGGUUACCUAGGGAAAGGAUUAGCCACGUGACGAAGGCAGAGAGAGAGAAACGAAACUUGAUGUCUUGUCUCAUCGUUCCACUUUCUUCACUAGUGGACUUUACUCAUCACCCUUGA